GUUGGUAUCAUAUCAAUCCAGUUCGAAACUCCCACAAACGAAAACACACAAUGUUCCUAGGCAAAAUAUUUUCCACAGUGUCAUAGUAUUUUUCUUUUGCGUUCCAAAAGGCCUAAGUAUAAUGAUGUCCCUGUUGAAAAACGGCGUAAGAAGCCUCAGCCACAAGAAUUCCUCCAGGAUCUGCAUAACGCAUAGACAAUGCACCCUUCUGUUUUCAAUUUUGAUGUUUAUAUUCUCGGCAGUAUUUGCCACUUGUGCUACUCUUGGAUAUUCCCAUGCUGAAGAGACUUUAGAAAUAUUGAAAAGUGACAUUCAUAUUGAGAGGGAAAGGCAUGAGGAAAAUGGUGAAAAAUCUAGUAACGAGGCACUCUUGAUUAAAUCUCAACGUGAUCUAAGAUCUAAUAAGUACCUACUUGAACUACUGAUGCAGUACGGCUGGAUACUCUUAGUCUCUUCGGCUAUUCUCAUUUACGCCACAGCGACUAACUCUCCAAUACUAAUGCUACCCUUCAUUGUUGUGGGCAUGUGGAUUUACAUUAGUUUAAUGUUCAUUGGAGUUCUCCUCUAUUACGACUAUAUCAAGGGGCUGAAUUUUAUUAAUAUUGAAAAUUAUGUUGUGCCUACCUUCAUCGCAUCUGUGAUUUUCAUCGGUAUGUGGACCGUUAUUCUCUGGUACCACGUGUCCCUUAAGUCAAGAAGAUGCAGUCAACCUUCCGCCCCUAAGCCUAAAACUGUAUACACUCAAGAGGGAUUGAUCCAUACAGUCAACCAUCCAAAGGAUUCAGAUCAAAAGAAAAUUUUAGUUUAGGAGAACUUUUUUCCAUCAUAGGAAACACAAGAAAGGCUUACUCUCAGAAAAUUAACUGUGGGAUAAGCGCAAAAUUAAAAACAAUUGUUGAAAUUGAAAAAGAUCAACAAUCACAUCUAUACUAUUCGCUAAUAUUUAGCAGCUUUUUAUCUUGCACAAAUUAAACAAAAAAACGAUCGGUAUUUUUAAACCGGCCCAUUUUUUUUGAGGGUUCAAUUUCGAGAGCUACUUGCUGAUUUGUCCAGAAAGCUGGAUAAAUUGUUAAUGAAAAUAAAUGAGUAAUAUACCAUGUGCUAAAGCUCAUUCGGGUAUACUGGCACAAAUUAUCUUCAUGAUGUAGAUACACAAAUAAUGGUAUUUGGUCCUUUUAUAUAUGUUAUAACUUUUAAUAACAGUCUUGUUCAACAUGAUUCAGUAUUUCUGAAUACCACUCUUGAAAGCGUAGUUUGAAUUACAUAAUAAAAUUUUAAAAUUAA